AUGCAACCGUUGCAGAACGGUAUUACAAUUACGACUCAAUUUCAGGACGGUAAUGGAACAAUUUCGAUUUCUGAAUUAGGUGUAGCAAUGCGAUCUCUGGGGCAGAACCCAACUGAACAAGAAAUAAUUGAUAUAAUUAACGAAGUUGAUAUUGAUGGAAAUGGACAAAUUGAGUUUCCGGAGUUCUGUGUGAUGAUGAAACGAAUAAUGAAGGAAACUGAUCAAGAGAUGAUUCGUGAAGCAUUUCGGGUACAUAUGGGCAUGCAGUUUGACGAUUAUGAGGUCGAUGAAAUGAUGCGUGAAAUUGAUGUAGAUGGUAAUGGAGAGAUUGAUUAUGAAGAGUUUGUAAAGAUGAUGAGUGACAACAGUAACCAGCUGCAAAACUAA